GCAACAAAUUCCAUUAAAAAAAAAGGAAGAAAAAAGUCUGCGACAAAUUCUGGUAAAUUCGAAGUCAAAAUCCUAAGUAAAAUUUGGUGUUUUACUUUUUACUGAGUGAAUGCUCCUUUGCUCGUAUCAAUGAAAUCCAUGUAACCAUCACCAGUUAGGUUUUUCUUCAAUCGAUUAUGGCUUAUUUCGCGCCUAAAUUUUCCAUCACGCCCAGCCCCAUCUGCACAUCCGCCUACAAAACUUCCAUUCCCCUUCGCAGCUCACCUUUCGGAGCUCGGAAACCCCCCGACUCCCACCUGCUUCUGGCUUUCAAUCGCGGCGGAGAUAGUGGAAAUGGAGUUAGAGAGAUGGAGAGACCACCGGCGCUGAAGCGGGUUAGGGCGAGCCCCAAUUUGAGCGAGGAGCAGAAGCUUGCUAUCUCUCAACUGCCGCCGAAGAUGACGAAUCGGUGCAAGGCGUUGAUGAAGCAAAUCACUUGCUUCUCAGCUGAAAAUGGCAGCGUUCCUCGAAUGUUGGCGUUUUGGGUGAGGAACACGAAGCCGCAGAGAGCCGAUUGGCUUGCUGUUCUUAAAGAAUUGGAGCGGUUGAAUCAUUUUCUCUAUUUUGAGGUUGCUGAAUACGCCUUUACAGAAGAAUCGUUUGAAGCUAGCAUUCGCGAUUAUACCAAGAUCAUUCACGGUUAUGCAAAGCAAGACAAGCUGGGAGAAGCUGAACGCGCUCUAGAGGCCAUGAAGAACCGAGGUUUCAUGUGUGAUCAGGUGACUCUAACUGCUCUAGUGCACAUGUAUAGCAAGGCCGGCAAUCUCAAGCUGGCCGAAGACACGUUCGAGGAGAUGAAGUUGCUUGGUGUGCCGCUGGACAAGAGAUCCUAUGGUUCGAUCGUGAUGGCCUACAUCAGAGCUGGGAAACUAACCUCUGCAGAGAGCUCACUGAGAGAGAUGGAAGCGCGACAAAUCUAUGCACCUCGAGAAGUCUACAAGGCGCUGCUGAGAGCAUACUCGAUGCUAGGCGACAGCCAAGGCGCUCAAAGGGCCUUUGACGCGAUCCAGGUUGCAGGCAUCAUCCCCGAUGCCAAGGUAUGCGGGCUUCUGAUAAACGCGUAUGUUGCAUCAGGGCAGACCCGUGAAGCUCGUAUUGCAUUCGAGAACAUGAGAAGAUCUGAUCUCGAACCUAACGACAAAUGCACGGCCUUGUUGCUGGCCGCCUACGAGAAGGAGAACCGGCUGAAAGAGGCGUUGGAUGUGCUGAUGGAGUUGGAAAGAGACAAUGUGAUGCUAGGGAAGGAGUCUUCGGAUUUACUCGUGCAGUGGUUCCGUAGGCUAGGGGUCGUGGAGGAGGUCGACCGCGUGCUCAAGGAUUUCGCUUCAAGGAUGCACGAGCACGUUUUAUAGCUCACUGUCUCGACCCCUAAACCCUAGCCGUGGAGCCUGUGCACCGGCUUCCUCAAACACAUCGGGAGCUGCUCGUGUUCGUCUCGGGUUACAUUCAUACACUCCACAAGCGCCGGUAUAGUUUCUUCCUUUCCGCCACUCCAUUUUGUAUGUUGAUAUUGGUCGCAUGAUGAUGAUUUAGUUAUUUGUAACAUAAAAAGUAAAGUUAUUGUGCUAUCCUCCUAUACAAAACUAAUCUCAGAUAAUCUCGAGUCAAUUCAAUCUCGAAAAAAAAAUUAUGUGCGCGACCAUGAACGAGUGAUAGCGACGAUAGCGUUUCCUUGUUCAUUUUGGAGACGAUAAUGUUUAUUUUUAUGAUUUUGUUGUAUUAUGUUUCACGUUUCGAAAUAAA